AUGACGUGGUCGGCGCGGCGGAGCCGAUUGGACAUAGCCGGAGCUGCAGCCGACACGAUGCCACAUCAGGAUGGCCUGCUGAAGGAAGCCGCCGACUGGGAGACCUGCUCCAGGGCACCGGAGAAUUCGACACUCGAGGCCGCUGGAAGGAGCCAACAAAGAUCAGCUAACACUGCUGCCUGGGUGCUGGAAAAGAAUACGAGCCUGAUUCCUGUUAUGUAUCAAAAGAAGCAAGAGCAGGGCUGGCAAAAGACUUGGAGACCUGGAAACCCGAUUUCCCCUCAGAAAUUUCUAAAUCAGGACUUUGUUGAUCUGAGAGACCACUGCCUGAGUCGUGGCAUACUUUUUGAGGAUGAUACUUUCCCUGCACAUUUCAGUUCCAUUGGGUCUCGCAUCCUGUCAGAAGACAAACUGGAUCAAAUACAGUGGAUGAGGCCAUAUGAUAUACUAGAAAACCCCAAGUUAAUCGUGGAUGAUGUGAGCAGGUUCGAUAUUCUCCAAGGGAAAAUAGGUGAUUGCUGGCUUCUAGCAGCGCUGGGCUCUUUGACUGUGCAGCAGCGGUUCCUGGGAAAUGUUGUUCCAAAAGACCAAGACUUCAAACACAAUUAUGCAGGAAUUUUUCAUUUUCGGUUCUGGCAUUUUGGAGACUGGGUGGAUGUGGUGAUAGAUGACCGACUGCCAUUUCUCAGUGGGAGAUACUUGUCAGUCCACCCACGCAGCACAAAUGAAUUCUGGCCAUCUCUACUAGAAAAAGCAUAUGCCAAGUUGCGUGGCUCUUAUCAGAACUUGCACUGGGGCUACAUUUCAGAAGCUUUAGUAGACUUCACAGGUGGAGUCCAAAUAUCCUUUGACCUUCAAAGGCACUCUUCUUAUUUACAUGAGAUCGUAAAAGCAGCUGUUAAGUCAGGAUGCCUGAUGGGAUGCACCACUCCUGGAGGGCAGUCAGCAAGUAACACAGAAUUGAAGAAUGGGAUUGUGCUGGGUCAUGCAUACACUGUGACAUGGGCCGCAGAGGUUCCGUACAAGGACAGGAAGGAAUGUUUAAUCAGAAUAUGGAAUCCUUGGGGCCAUGGAGAAUGGAGAGGACCUUGGAGUGAUGGUUCGGCAGAGUGGGAUCAAGUUCCAGCCAAAUAUAAGAACUAUCUCCAUCAGAACAAGAAUGAUGGUGAAUUCUGGAUAUCCUAUCAAGAUUUCAUUGACAACUUUUCCUUCCUGUUUAUUUGCAAUAAUACGCCAACAUUCCUGAACUAUGGAGAGCACAGCAAGGCAACAUGGUCCUUGGAUAUGCAUGUUAGCCAAUGGCCCCAAGGAUCCUCUGCAAGAGGAACCUCUGGUGUCUUUUCAAGAAAGGCUCAGUAUUCCAUCCAGGUGCCAGAGCCUGAUCUGAAAACCUAUAACAUUGUGGUAUCACUGAUGCAAAAGCCUCCAAAUAAUACACGCAAUUCACAAUUACUGCCCAUUGGUUUCCUGAUAUCCACAGUUGAACCACAGGGGAGAACUAAACUUCAAGAAAACACCGGGUUUAAGCAAGCACAAGAGGUUGGGGACUACUUUUAUUUGCUCCCUGGAAUCUACACAAUUAUUCCAGCUACAUCACAAGAAGGCCAAGAGUCUGAAUUCCUUCUACGAAUUUUCCAGAGAAAUCAGAGCAAUAACAGUUGCAAUGAAUAUACUCAAAGAGUCCCAGACUAUGUGCUGAGCAUUCGAUAUCCAUUUGAAAUGCCCAGGUGGAAUCAAGACAACUCUUAUGAAGAAGUCUUCCGAAGAUAUGCUAAUCAGAGUUCCUACUUGGAUGCUUCACAAUUGCAAAGGAUCCUUAAUGAUGUAUUCCUGAAAGAUCUAAUGGCCAGUCUGGGAAGCGGAGAUAGAUUCAGCUUCGAUUCAUGCAGGAGCCUUUUAGCUCUGAUGGAUUUCAAGGCUAAUGGAAGACUCAUACUGCAAGAGUUUGAACCACUGUGGAGGUAUCUCAACAAGUACAAGGAGAUUUUUAAAAAGGAAGAUGAAAAUAAUUCUGGAUUCCUGGAGAUUUCCAGCUUGAGAAGAGUAAUGCAGAUGGCAGGCCUGAGUGUGGAUGAGAAGCUUCUCCAGCUAAUGACAGUAAGAUAUGGCGACUCGUCCAGGAGACUCAGCUUUCCUGAUUUUGUGUGCUGCAUGAUUCGACUCGAGACCAUGGCAAAGGCCUUUCGCAAUUUAUCUGCAGGUGGGAGACAAAUCUCUUUCUCUGAAAAUCAGUGGAUAACAAUAAUCAUGUAUUGCUAA